CUUUGGUAAGAGUGAGAGAGAGAGAGAGAUGGUGAGGGCAGCUUCCUUUAGAAAUGGAAUCAAAAGAGGGGUUUGGGAUGAAGAAGAGGACAACAAAUUGAGGGAUCAUAUUAAUCGAUACGGACACCUCAACUGGCGGCUGCUGCCGUUGUUUGCCGGGUUGAAGAGGUGUGGGAAGAGUUGCAGACUGCGUUGGGUGAACUAUUUGAAGCCUGGUAUCCGACGUGGCAACUUCACCCAAGAAGAAGAGCAUCUCAUCAUGCAACUCCACAAUCAACUCGGAAACAAAUGGUCAUCCAUUGCUGCACACUUUCCCGGUAGAACUGACAACGACAUCAAAAACUACUGGCACGCCCACAUACAAAAGCGUCGGGCUCGCCACAAGGGCGCCGCGACGCAGUCUUCAGACAGCAAUUCUAGCACUAUAACAACUUGUCCGAAUCAAAACACACCUGCAGAAAACAUUGGUGUGUUCGAGUCGAAUACAGAUUCGGAUUUCAAUCUUCACAACAUUGUUGAGCAAGAAUGUUAUGGGAUGGAUGAAAAUGUGAUGGAUCUACUUCGUGAUUCCUCAGAUUAUGAAAUUGGUUCUUGGAGUUUGAAUGCUGCAAUUGAACAAGACUGCUUCAACAACAUGAAUUUUGGUGGUGAGUACUAUGGGAAAUUAGAAAUAUAAUUGAGCUAGCUAGAUAUAUAUAUGAGCAACAAUCGUCUUAUAUCAUAUGUAAUAGAGUUGUGUUUGAAGUAUACUUGAAUAAGUUGCUUACCGGAAUCUUGAGGGGUAUUUAUGUUUUUGUUGUAAUAUAUUAUGAUUUGGAAUAAUGGUAUGAUAUGAUAUUGUUGUCUUAA